AUGCGUCGUGACACCAUUGCGCGAAGAUACCGUUUGUCGCGAUGUGAUCUCUGCGAGAUAGAAACGCAGAAAGCACCACAAGAUGGUACAGUCCAACUGCAAAAGUCUCGCCAACGUAGGAAUGGAAAAAAGAACAACAGUCAGAGUGCACAGUCAUGUUCGUCGUCAGACUCGGCCGUCUCAACUCAGCAAUGUUUUCUCUCACAUCCAGAGUUUCAACAGCCUCUUCCAAAUUUCCUGGCUACAAGUGGUGGAUAUAUGCCUCAGAAUCCCGUUGUGAUGAACUGUAACGAAGGAACAAUGUUUGAUUUGAUGAAUGGUGAUGGUCAAAAUGGACUGCCAAGCAAACGUUUCCAUAUCGGUGGAGAUGGAAAUCCCGUUCUACCUCUUGUUGGAAGAACCUUAGGUGCUACACAAGUUUUUCAAGAGCAAAGAGAGACAAUAAUGAAUGGAGCUGGCGCACGCAAAGAUUCGAUGUGUCAAUUUGAGCCAAAGGAUACCAUGACAUUUAUGAAAAAAGAACUGUUUGACGAGCAUGAAAUUACAGACGAUUCAAAUAAAGAGCCCGAACACCUUAUACGGGAGGACGACCAUCAACUGCGUAAUUAUAAAAGAAGAUCAAGUGAAGGAAAUAAGCUGAUCUCCGAAAUGAUUAAAGCAAAGAUGACCGGUCACUAUGGCUAUAGUGUGAAAGGAGACCCACUGAAAUGUGCAAAGCAAGAUGACUCAAACAAAAUCAUCAAAAAGAAAACGCAUGAAGACGGCAAUGAUGAGCUUACUUUCCAUUCGCUUUAA